UUUACAGUUUUACACCCAAAAGCGUUGCUUCGAGCCUGUAAAUCCUCCAGUAUGACAGAGAUGUGCGAAAAUACUGCAACAUUCAGGAGCGGAGAGGAGGUUGCAGUUUCGCUGGUGGAGAAGAUGCAGGCUCAGGAGAUCCUGCGGAGCCUGCGGCUGCCCGAGUUCGAUGACCUCAGCCAGUUCUUCCGCAACCUGCCGGCCACGGCGCUGGUGGGCCUGGGCGCCUUCGCCGCCGUCGUCGCCUACUGGUUCGCCAGCCGGCCCCGCGCCGUGAAGCCGCCCUGCGACCUGCGCAUGCAGUCGGAAGAAGUCGAGGGCCUGGCCGGGGCGCGCCGCUCGGUGAUUGGGGACAGCCCGCAGCUGCUGACGCACUACUACGAUGAUGCCAGGACCAUGUACGAGGUCUUCAGGAGGGGAUUCAGCAUCUCUGAGAAUGGCCCUUGCCUGGGCUUCAGGAAGCCCAAGCAGCCCUACCAGUGGCUGUCCUACAAGGAGGUGGCUGAAAGAGCAGAAGCUCUGGGUUCAGGCCUUUUGCAGCAGGGCUGCAAGCCAUCCACAAAGCAGUUCAUUGGCGUCUUCGCUCAAAACCGUCCAGAGUGGAUCAUCUCUGAGCUGGCUUGCUACACCUAUUCCAUGGUGGUGGUUCCCCUGUAUGACACCUUAGGUCCUGGAGCCAUUCGGUACAUUGUCAACACAGCUGACAUUUCCACAGUCAUUUGUGACAAGCCUGAAAAAGCCAAGAUACUCCUUGACCAUGUGGAGAGGAAAGAAACACCAGGCCUGAGGUCUAUAAUCCUGAUGGACCCAUUUGAGAAGGAGCUGACAGAGAGAGGGAAGAGCUGUGGGGUUCGCAUCCAGACCAUGCAGGAGGUGGAGGACUGUGGCCGUGAGAGCCGACAUGUGCCUGUGCCUCCUCGACCAGAAGAUCUGUCAAUUGUCUGUUUUACUAGUGGCACUACAGGAAAUCCCAAAGGUGCUAUGCUGACCCAUGGAAACGUGGUGGCGGAUUUUUCAGGCUUUUUGAAAGUGACGGAGAAAGUGAUCUUUCCGAGACAGGACGAUGUGCUCAUCUCCUUCCUGCCUCUGGCUCACAUGUUUGAAAGAGUUAUACAGUCUGUAGUGUACUGCCACGGAGGGCGAAUUGGCUUCUUCCAAGGCGACAUUCGCCUCCUGUCUGAUGACAUGAAGGCACUGCGGCCAACCAUCUUCCCUGUCGUGCCACGGCUGCUGAACAGAAUGUAUGACAAGAUCUUCAGCCAGGCUGACACAUCCCUCAAGCGCUGGAUCCUGGAAUUUGCGGCCAGACGGAAAAAGGCCGAAGUUCGAAAUGGCAUCAUUAGAAACGACAGUUUGUGGGAUAAACUUUUCUUUAAUAAGAUACAGGCAAGUCUUGGGGGAUGUGUCCGCAUGAUAGUGACAGGUGCUGCCCCCGCGUCCCCGACUGUCCUGGGCUUCCUCCGCGCAGCCCUCGGAUGCCAGGUUUAUGAAGGCUAUGGCCAAACAGAAUGCACAGCUGGAUGCACCUUCACAACUCCAGGUGACUGGACAUCAGGUCAUGUAGGAGCCCCUUUGCCCUGUAACUUAAUCAGAUUGAAGGAUGUGGAAGAACUGAAUUAUUUUGCUUCCAAAGGAGAAGGAGAGAUCUGUGUGAAAGGACCCAAUGUGUUUAAAGGUUACUUGAAAGAUGAAGAGAGGACAGCUGAGGCACUGGACCAGGAGGGCUGGCUUCACACAGGAGACAUUGGAAAAUGGUUACCUAAUGGGACCCUUAAAAUUAUUGAUCGGAAAAAGCAUAUCUUUAAACUUGCUCAGGGAGAAUACAUCGCACCAGAGAAGAUAGAGAAUAUCUACAUCCGCAGUGACCCUGUUGCUCAGAUCUAUGUCCAUGGAGACAGCCUGCAGGCCUUCCUGGUGGGAAUUGUGGUGCCUGAUUCUGAAGUCAUGCCAGGUUGGGCAAAGAAAAGAGGGUUUGAAGGAACAUAUGCAGAACUCUGUAAAAAUAAGGAACUGCAGCAAGCGAUAAUGGAAGACAUGGUACGGUUAGGGAAGGAGAGUGGGCUUCACUCCUUUGAGCAGGUCAAAGCCAUUUAUAUUCACUCUGAUAUGUUCUCGGUGCAAAACGGUUUGUUGACACCAACAUUAAAGGCUAAAAGACCAGAACUGAGAGAUUACUUCAAAAAACAAAUAGAAGAGCUAUAUUCAAGCAUCUCCAUCUGAAAUCACAGGAAGAAUCUUCUGAGUAAUGGACUUCAUAGCAAUAUUAGAAUAAUACUCGAAAACUACAGAGCCAGAACAACACUGCUGAAAUGGAUAAGCAUCUGAAUCUUACAUUUGAGCCUUUCAUUUUUCUAGGAUUUCAUCACUAACCAUAUUUUCCCUUCUUUUUGCCAUCAGGUGUGAUACAAUUUCUUUUUUACUCUAGGUAUACAGUAAGGCACUAUUAAAAGUUAUGCUAAAUUGACACAAAAUAUGCAGAAAUUUCAAUCUAUGACCAAGUAAAUGAUGGAAGCAUAUCUUUUAAGUAACUACAAACAUUUCUAGUUAAAAUAGGGAAAAAUUCAGGUAUGUCUGUUGAUAUUUGAUUGUAUACAACCUAAUAUAUUAGAAACUAAAAUUAUAAGUAAUUCAAUAAUGUGGUCUACCUCAAAUAAUCAGUGACUGAUGGUGAAAGUAAAAGUCUAUUUUCUCUGAUUUGGAACUUCAAGCUGGAUAUUGGUUUAUAUAGUAAGUGAUAGCUUUUAUAUUUUUCAGGACAUAAAUGACAUUGAUUUGAUUUAAUCAUUGAUGAUUUAACAAUCAGAACAGAAAUAGGAAGGAAUUUCCCACUAUUUGUACUUAAUAGACCUAAUAGUAUAUUACAUCUAACGGAUUCAUGUUACCUGGAAAUGACAAGAACAGGGUAGGAAGCAAUAGCACAGAAUUCCCUCUAUUUCCUUUUCAUCCAAACACAGUUUAUCCAUGGUUUGCAGAUUCUGCAUUAGGGCUCCUUCAGUCCAGUGCACUCAAGGACAUCUGAACUGCUCAAACGGAGAAGGUUGCAAAAGCAUCACUGGCUCUGUGGUGGCUUUAGGUGGGAGUUCACCAUAAUCCAUAUGCUCCCAAUCCCUAAUUGAUUACUUCACAUGCUGCUAAUACUGCAUAGUCCAGCUGGACUAACUCCCUUCAGAAACAGCGCUAAAGAAACGGAGCACAAGGAAUAAGCUGUGAUUCUGGACGGGGCUUAGCAAAAUGAAAAGGUUUGGGAAAAGGCCAGCCUGAGAUGCAGCAGUGGAGGGCAUCCUAUCCUUUAUCUGGCCAUGGAAGGGGAAGCAAUACUGCCCCAAAAGACUCAUGGGGAUGGGCUAAAGGCUGUGUUGGCCAUUGCUGUGCAAGGCAGAACAGUGGAUGUGGUGGCAGAAGGGCCUGUUACGGGAAUGUCUUUAUGGUCAGACAUCUGGAAGCAUCAAAUCCCAUUGGCAUCACCUCCAAUGGCCUCUCUGGGAUAACCAGCAAGUUGUCUGGAUAAAACCUUACAUUUCUGUGGUCAUCAGAAAGGGGAUAAGUCUCACAAGGAGUAGGAACAGACUCUAGAGCUCUCUCUUGGUACAAAGCACGGUACAAGGCAAAGAGAAAACUGUCAUGUCAAGUUGCUUGAAUACAUGGACUGUUGAUAGCUUCUUUCUGCUAAACAGGGUCCUAAAUAUCUGUGUCUUUUACUAGCUGAUGUUUGUUGCACCAGUACAUGCUAGCAUGGAGCUGUGCCUGCUAGAUCUUUGCUAGGACAGUGGAAGCACACUUAUUUUCUCUCUUAUAGUGGAAUCCACUGUAGACUUCUGAAGCUAAAAGUUUAAAUUUUUAAUCUAAACAGUAUCUUAUUUUCUCUCUGAACUUCUGUUGCAUGCUUCCAAAUGAAAUAAAUUGAAUUAAUAAGUUAGUGUUUUACGAAGACUGAUUUAUUGCAGUGAUUUCAGAAUAAAAUGAUACAGAGGAAACCGUA